UCUCCCAUUCAAAAGAUGCCGAAGGGGCGGCGCGGCAGCCAGAGCCCCACGAUGGGCCAGCGGCCGGCCCCGCCCCUAUACUUCCCAUCCCUCUACGAUCGCGGCAUCUCGGCUUCGCCGCUCAGCGACUUCAACAUCUGGAAGAAGCUCUUCGUGCCGCUCAAAGCUGGCGGGGCGCCGGCGGUCGGGGCAGCUGGGGUCCGGUCUCUACCCCAAGCGCCCCCAGCCCCGGCGCCCCCGCCGCCGCCGCCCGGCCUGGGUCCCCCCAGCGAGCGCCCCUGCCUCCCUCCUUGGCCUUCCGGCCUGGCCGCCAUCCCCUACGAGCCUCUGCGCUUCUUCUACUCGCCGCCGCCGGGCCCCGAAGUGGCUGCUUCGCCCCUAGCCGCCAGCCCCACGACCGCCCGACUCGCCUCAAACUCCCACCCCGAGGAACUGUGCGAGCUGGAGAUCCGGAUCAAGGAGCUGGAGCUGCUCACCAUCACUGGGGACGGCUUCGACUCUCAGCGCUAUAAGUUCUUGAAGGCGCUGAAAGAUGAAAAGUUACAAGGACUGAAGACCAGACAGCCUGGGAAGAAGUCAGCCUCUCUUUCCUGAGGAGCUGCCUGCUAGAGGUGGAGCAGCCCCUCCUUAGGUGUUAGUGUUUAGAUAAUGUGUCCUGUUUGUUGUCAUUUCAAAGAAGGUUAUUUUCUGUUCUGUAUUUACUUCCGUUCUUAUUGCCCCCAGCACGCACUCCACAUUCAGUGCCCAUUUGCUGUGGUAAAUCUCAUGGUCUCAUCUCUGUGCUGCUGCUGAGGGAGCUGUCUCACCGGAGCUGGAAGCUGCUGCUUGGGGGGCUCCCAGGACCGGGGAGGUCAUCCCCCCACUGCCACGUCAGGAGGGAAUUGGGAAAAACUAAGAGCAAAAUACCUUGUCUCCCGGUUCUGUCCCUGCUGAGAAAGACUCUGAGGUCUGGAACAAUGGCUGGUUUGCUUUCAAAGCACUUUAGUCCUUAGAAGUGUCUUGUUUUGUUAUGCGUUGGGGCAACAACCGUCUUUCAUCUGAUCCAGUCACGUUCUUCCUAGAUGUACUGGCCAAGUGCUUUCCAUGUCUCACCCAGGCACCCUCCUCAAUUUUUGAGAGGAGCAGGAACAGAGACACAGACAGUAAAUAAAUAAAAUCAUAAUAGGGCAUCAUAGAUGAUGACAAGCACAGAGGGAAAAGGAGUAGGUAGGGAUGACCAGGAGGAGGAGGGAUGCAGACAGGUUUCCUGAAGAAAAAAACAUUUAAAUAAGGUGUGAAGGUGUUGAGGAUGGUUGUUAUGCGACACCUGGGGUAACAUUCUGGGCAGGAGGGUGGGUGCAAAGGCUGAGGAUGGAAGGAUACUGGGACAUUUUGUUAGUGUGCAGCUGAGGGUACCCAGGGGCCCCACAUUGUUAAGGGAUACAUGUUCUAAGGGGAUUCUGCCAUUCUCUGCAUAAAAACAAACGCACACUUAGUGUGAAAGAUCUUUGAAAGAGAC